UAUUAAGCUCUUGUCAUCUACGGAAAGACGUUCACACAGCAGAAGGAGAUCACGGGAUAAUCUCGGCUAUUUUACCCACAAUCGACAAGGGUAGUAAAAGUGCCAGCCACGAAGUUCAACGAUGGUUUUUGAAUCUAUGGUCAGUGAUCUCCUGAACAGGUUCAUCGGAGACUAUGUGGAAAACCUCGACAAGUCCCAGUUGAAGAUUGGCAUUUGGGGAGGCAAUGUUGUUCUGGAGAACCUGAAAGUGAAAGAAAAUGCUUUGAGUGAGCUGGAUGUUCCAUUUAAAGUGAAAGCUGGUCAGAUUGGAAAACUGACAUUGAAGAUCCCUUGGAAGAACUUGUACAAUGAUGCUGUAGUUGCAACGUUAGAUGGUCUCUAUCUGCUGGUGGUUCCUGGAGCAACGAUAAAGUAUGACGCCGCGAAGGAGGAGCGUUACCAGCAGGAGGCCAAGCAGAAGGAGCUGCAGCGCAUUGAGGAGGCGCUACUGAUGGCUGCUCGCAGAGACUCUCAGACGGGAGAGCUGCUGUUUAAUCUGGAAAGUGUUGUGUAUAAGGAGCCUCAGCAUGGAUUUAAGAUUAAAAAACACAAAAAAGGCUUUAAGAGUCUAAAAUCUUUAAAACGCCAUGAAAACAAACAAGAAAAGCCUCAGAAAGAUGAGAAGAAGGACACGUUUGCUGAGAAGCUGGCCACGCAAGUCAUCAAGAACCUGCAAGUCAAGAUCACCAGCAUCCAUAUCAGAUAUGAGGACGAUAUAUUAGACCCCCAGCAGCCCCUCUCUAUGGGAGUCACCCUGGCUGAGCUGAGUCUACAGACGACCGAUGAGAACUGGAAGUCGUGUAUUCUGAACGAGGCAGCCAGGAUCAUCUACAAGCUGGGUCCUCGCUUUGGAAUGUCUGUGCGCCUACUGGAACUGUCCUCUCUCAGUCCCAUCUUCUAUAAAGGCUCCUGGGAAGAGAUACUGGAAAAGCUGAAGGACGGCAUCAGUACCAAGGACCAAGAGAUCAAAGACUACCAAUACAUUUUCAAACCCAUCUUUGCCUCUGCUAAAAUGGUAAUCAACCCGAGUGCUGAGAUUGAGCUGAAGUCUCCCAAAGCCAGCCUGCAUCUGGAGGUUCAGAAUGUAGCAGUAGAGAUGACCAGACCACAGUACCUAACCAUGGUGGACCUGCUAGAGUCUAUAGACUGUAUGGUGAAGAAUGGACCCUACAGGAAGUUCAGACCUGAUGUACCUGUACACACAAAUGCCAAGCACUGGUGGAAGUACAGUAUGAACAGCAUCCUGGACGUUCACAUCAGACGUUUCAACCAGAUGUGGUCGUGGUCCAACAUCCGGAAGCACCGCCACACUCUGAAGACCUACAGGGCAGCCUACAAGGCCAAACUACUGACACCACAGGGAAAACUCAGAGAGGACCAAGAGAAGCAGAUACAGGACCUGGAGAAGAGCCUGGAUGUCUUCAACAUCACGUUGGCCCGGCAACAAGCACAGAUGGAGGUGAUCCGGUCAGGGCAGAAGGUGGUAGCUAAGAAGGCUGUGGCCGGCCAGAAGCAGGGAGGAGGGUUUUUCAGCAGCUUCUUUGGAAGGAAGGAAGGGAAGAAGAAAGAGCAGGAACAGGAAACCCAGGAGGAAGAGGGUACAGGCAUUGAAGAGUUGAUGUCUGCUGAUGAGAAGGCUAAACUCUACACGGCCAUCGGAUACAGUGGUAGUUCUCACAACCUGGCCUUACCCAAGCAGUACGUGUCAGUGGUGGUGACCUUCAAGCUGUUCCGUACGUCCAUCACGGUGAGGGAGGAGCCCAACGUCCCAGAGAUCCUGAAGAUCCAGAUGAUCGACCUCAGCACCACCGUGUCCCAGAGACCCGGGGCGCAGGCCAUCAAGGUGGAGGCAGCGUUAGAACACUGGUACGUAACAGGGUUGGAACAGCAGGGAGCUGUCCCCUCUCUCAUAGCGUCAGUAGGGGACUCCACCUCCUCUCUGCUCUCCAUCCUGUUUGAAGUCAACCCAGAGGACAGCGUUGCAGAGCAGCUGCUCAGAGUGCACUCCCAGCCUGUAGAGAUCAUCUAUGACUCGUUGACAGUGAACAGCAUGGCAGAGUUCUUUAAGACAGGGAAGGGAGUGGACCUGGAGGUGUUGACUUCAGCUACUCUCUCCAAGCUGGAGGAGAUUAAGGACAAGACAGCCACUGGUCUGUCUCACAUCAUUGAGACCCGGAAGAUUCUGGACCUGAAGAUUGACCUAAAGCCUUCAUACCUGCUGGUGCCUAAGUCUGGCUUCUACCAAGCCAAGUCUGACCUGAUGAUCAUAGACUUUGGUAGUCUACAGCUGGUGAGUGUGGACCAGGGGAACCCCCAGUCUUUAUCACCCAGUUUCAGUUCCCUGGAGGAGAUUAUGGACCGUGCCUACGAGAAGUACUCACUGGAGCUACGUAGUGUCCAGGUCCUUUACAGCAAGUCAGGUGAGGAGUGGAAGACGGCCCGUCAACGUGGUUCCUCUAUACAGCACAUCCUGCAGCCCAUGGACUUCAGCCUCCAGCUGGCCAAAUGCAUGGUGGAGAAGGACACCAGGAUGCCCAGAUUCAAGGUGUCUGGAGAACUGCCUCUCCUCCAUGUGAAGAUCUCAGACCAGAAGAUCCAGGGAGUGUUGGACCUGGUCAACAGCAUCCCCCUGCCCCAGAGGGAUUCCACCCCUUCCACCCCUACCCAGAAGAGUGAUUCCAUCCCCACCCAGAAGGUACAGUUGGUAUGCCCCAGAGUGAUUCCAUCCCUUCCACCCCCACCCAGAAGGUACAGUUGGUAUGCCCCUGAGUUAUUCCACCCCUUCCACUCCCACCCAGAAGGUAAAGUUGGUAUGCCCCAGAGGGAUUCCACCCCUUCCACCCCUACCCAGAAGAUGCUGUGUUUGUCUGAGGCCAGGCCCGACGUCCUGGGUUUACAGUCUACUGUCCUGCUGGAUGCAUUAGACACAGACUCAGAUGGGGAGUUAUAUCAUAUGUCUGUGGAUGAGGAGCAGCAACCCUCCGUCAUAGAGGAGCUGACUGACGUACACUUCAAGUUUGAAGUCAAAGAGGUGCUGUUGGAGUUGACGCGUCAGGCUGACCAGGAGAACACGCUGUUAGCCCUCAGUGUGUCUCAGCUGGGAGCAGAGGGCAAGAUGAGAACCUAUGACCUCACCAUCACCUCCUACCUCCGUAAAGUAGGCCUGGACUACUGUGAGAUACGAGACUCCAACAACCAGCCUCUGCACCUGAUCAGCUCCUCAGACAAACACGGCUCAGACCUGCUCAAAGUGGAGUACACCAAAGCUGAUAUCAACGGUCCUAAUUUCCAGACAACGUUUGACAACACUGAGCAAAACCUGAAGGUGGAGUUGUCGUCUCUAGACUUUCUCCUCCACACCAAAGCGCUCCUCUCCACCAUCAACUAUCUGAACACAGCCGUACCCCAGGAGCUGACAGCCUCCAAGGACAGAGAGGCCAAGAAACAGGUGGAGAAGGCUGGACAGGGGAAGACAGUGCCGAAAGGACCAACAAACAGCAAUGUGUUCACCUUCAAACUGUCUGCUGAACUGGGUUCCUUCCGUGUGGAGGUGUGUGAUGACCGGCGGAACAUCGCUGACAUCACAAUACAAGGUAUUGAUGGGUCGGUGCUGGUCCAGGCCAAAGAGACAAUGGUGUUCGCCAGGCUCAGGGACAUAGUGGUGCUGGAUGUCGACCCCAAAACCAUCCACAAAAAGGCCGUCUCCAUGGUGGGCGAGGAGGUGUUCAGCUUUCAGAUGUCCCUGUAUCCCAACGCUACGGAGGGAGAGGGUUACUCAGACACCUCCAAGGUGGACGGGAAGGUUACCAUGAGGCUGGGCUGCAUCCAGAUCGUCUAUCUGCACAAGUUCCUCAUGUCUCUACUGACUUUUCUGGAUAACUUCCAGACGGCCAAAGAGGCGUUGACUGUGGCCACGGCCCACGCAGCAGAGAAGGCGGCCUCCAGCGUCAGAGACUUUGCCCAGAAGAGCUUCCGUCUCUCCAUGGACGUCAAGCUGAAGGCCCCUCUCAUCGUCGUCCCUCAGUCCUCCACCUCACACAAUGCGUUUGUGGUGGACCUGGGGCUCAUCACCGUGGGCAACAGUUUCAGUCUGAUGUCGGCUGAAGGGUUCUCGCUCCCCGUUGUGUUGGACACCAUGGAUGUCAAACUCACUCAGCUCAAACUGUCCAGGACCACGCUGAAACAAGGCUCCCCACAGACAGACAUCGAGAUCCUUCAGCCAAUCAAUUUAGAGUUUCUGGUCAAACGGAACCUGGCCUCUUCCUGGUACAACAAGAUCCCUGGAGUAGAGGUUCAAGGAAUGCUCAAGUCUAUGAAUAUGGCUCUCGGUCAGGAGGACUUUGGUGUCCUGAUGAAGACACUGAGGGAGAACAUCGGAGAGGGCAGCAAAGAGCACGUCCUGGAUGUCAACAAACAAGUAGCCCGAGACAAGGCAGAGCAGCAUCAGCUGGAGGGGAAUGAGGUGGGAUGUCUCCCUGCGGAGGCUGGAGGAGGAGGAGGAGGAGGAGGAGGACAGCCUGCUGCUGUUACCAAUGCAGGAGGACUGGGAGAAAACAUCGUCAAUAUGCUGCUCAACCUGGAGAUUAAGGAGGUGGUUGUGAAGCUGAAGAAGUCCAGGUCAGAUCAGAAGGAGAGUCCGUUCCUGGUUCUCCACGUAGCCCAGCUGGGCAUCCACACCAAUGUCAGGAAUUACGACAUGGUGGCCACAACGUACAUCAAGAAAAUCUCUAUGAAGUGCCUGGAGUUCUCAGAUUCCAACGGUGAACCACUGUGUCUGAUCAGUUCCUCUGUGGAGUCAGGUGCUGACCUCCUCAAAGUGGAAUACUUCAAGGCUGACAGAAACAGGCCAAACUUUGCCACUGUUCACAAGAAUACUGAGCAGAUGAUCAACGUGACCUUCACCUCCCUGGAUCUACUGCUUCACACGGAGGCUCUCCUCUCCACCAUAGACUUCCUGUCUUCUGCCCUGUCCUCCGGCAGCCUGCCCCCUUCACCAGAGGAGCCUAAGCAUAAGUCUGAGGAGAGCAGCAGGGCCAUCUCCGCCAAGUCAACGGCUCUAGGUUCUCCGUCAGACGGUGACGUCGUCGACCUGAAGGUGAUGAUGCGGCUGGGGGCGUUCAACGUCCUAGUGUGUGAUCAGAACUGCAACAUGGCUGACAUCAAGAUACAAGGUUUCAAUGGAUCCCUCCUGAUGCAAGGGCCUCAAACCCACAUCUCUGCCCGCCUUCGGGAUUUCAUCGUCAUUAAUGUUGACCCAAAAAGUAUUCACAAAAAGGCCAUCUCUAUCGUAGGAGACGAGGUGUUUAGUUUCAGUAUGAGUCUGACCCCCAAGGCGACAGAGGGAGCCGGCUACGCAGACACCUCCAAGACAGACGGGAAGGUCCAGCUCAACGUGGGCUGUGUCCAGGUCGUCUACCUCCACAAGUUUGUCAUGUCUUUGUUGAAUUUCAGCAACAAUUUCCAGACGGCCAAAGACGCGUUGAGUGUGGCCACGGCCCAGGCAGCAGAGAAGGCGGCCUCCAGCAUCAGGGACUUUGCCCAGAAGAGCUUCCGUCUCUCCAUGGACAUCAGGCUGAAGGCCCCUCUCAUCAUCAUCCCUCAGUCCUCCACCUCACACAAUGCACUGGAGGUGGACCUGGGGCUCAUCACCGUGGGCAACAGCUUCUCUCUUCUUGCUGUGGAGGGAUGUCCACUUCCUGCUGUCAUUGACCACAUGGACGUACAGCUCACACAGCUCAAACUGUCCAGGAUUUACAUGGAACAAGACUCUCAGCCCAGUACUGAGCUGCUGGAGCCUGUCAACCUGCUCCUAACAGUGAAGAGGAACCUGGCUGCAGCAUGGUACCAGAAGAUGGCCGCCGUAGAGGUAGAGGGAGACCUCAAGCCCAUGAAGGUUGCCCUGAGUCAGGACGACCUAACAGUUCUGUUGAGGAUCCUGAUGGAGAACAUUGGAGAAGCCAGCGGUCUGCAGCCAGACCAACACCCCAGCCCCGACACGACAGCCCUGACACACAAGACCACGCCGAUGCUCAAAACAGACUACGCCAAAGACGGUGUAGAGAACACGGUUGAACUUCCAGAACGACAGGAAGAAGAGGAACCCCUCGAAACCAUGACGUUUAUCUUCAACAUAGAGUCCCUGGGACUGGUCCUGUACAGCAAUGACCCGAAACAGGUAUCGGCUGUGUCUCAACACCAGGAGAGGCUGUGUCUGGGCGAGUUGACCUUUCACCUGAUGAAGGCUUCAGGGAAGAUGUUUAAUAACGGGUCCAUGGAGGUCUCUACCAUCCUCACAGCCUGCACCCUGGACGACAUGAGGACAGGCGUACAGAGAGUUACCUCACGGAUGCUGGGUAAGCGUGACGAGGCGAGCGAGGAAGCCAUGAUAGACGUGGCGUACACGCAGAGCGCCGGCGAGCGCCAGGUGGUGGCGGUGGUACAGAAGCUCUAUCUGUGUGCCAGCGUUGAGUUUCUCAUGGCAGUGGCAGACUUCUUCAUCCAGGCCCUGCCCCAGAGCUCCGCCCAGGACGUGCCCACUAACACCAAGCUAGCCCUGCCAGGCCUGGCCAAGACCUCCCAGCCACCCCAGCUUCGGGAUAGAGCCAACACUGACCCCAGAACAGGCUCCAGUCCCAGGACCAAGCUGCGUGCAGUCAUACUAGACCCAGAGGUGGUGUUUGUGGCUAACCUGAUGAGAGCCGACGCUCCGGCGCUGGUUGCCUCCUUCCAAUGUGACUUCAGUCUGAUGCUAGAGCCUGGGGGAGGGCCCCCUGGGGGAGGGCCCCCUGGGGGACAAAGCAUGACGGCCAACCUCAGAGAGCUCAAAGUUCUGGCCUGUCCCUUCAUCAGGACCAAUGAGACCAAGGUGGUCACUACGGUGCUACGUCCGUGUUCUGUCUUCCUGGAAACCAAAACCCACCCCAACCAACCGCUUUCCGGCUGUGUGACUGUGGAGGAAGUCAUUAUCAAAAUCUCCCCUGUCAUCCUGAACACAGUGAGGACCAUCACGGCAGCCAUGACGGCGAAGCCCAAAGACGAGGCAGCAGAGGAGGAGAAGACCGAGGUCGGCAACCUGUGGUCCACCAUGAACAUCUACGCCUGCAACUACUGGUUCCUGGGAGUGGACUCUGCCAGCGAGGUGACGGAGAGUUUCAGUGACCAGGACGGCCGUAACUUUGGGGAGAGUUUCAAGGUGGAUGUGAAGGUUAUUCAGGUGACCAUGGAGUCUGGUCUGGGCCACAGGACGGUCCCCCUGCUGCUGGCUGAGAGCUCUCUGUCUGGGACGGCCAAGAACUGGUCCUCCCUCCUCUACCUCUGCUCUGACAUGACCCUGGAGGUGAACUACUUCAAUGAGACCCAUGCUGUCUGGGAACCGCUGAUAGAGAGAGUGGAGGACGGCAAACGCAGGUGGAACCUCAAGCUAGAGAUGAAGAACAACCCUGUGCAGGAUAAGAGCCCUGUUCCCGGGGAUGACUUUGUGGUUCUCCCCGAGCCACGCACCGCCAUCAACAUCUGUUCCAAAGACACCAUGAACAUUACCGUCUCUAAGUGCUGCCUCAAUGUGUUAACCAACCUGGCCAAGGCAUUCUCUAAGGGCACAGCCUCUACCUUUGACCACAGUCUGAAGGAGAAGGCCCCCUUCACCGUCCGCAAUGCGCUGGGCAUCCCUCUCACCGUGCAGCACAGUGCCAACCUGCGGGUGGUGGCCUCCCCCGGGCAGGGCAAGCUCCACGAGGUGGGGGUAGGGCAGAGCGUGGACCUGGAGUACUCUGGGUCGGGAACCUCGACACGGGGCAAAGUGUCUGCUUUGCAACGACAGGAGAGCUGCCUCUUCAACCUCAGCAUCGCUCCUACAGGUUACAGUGAGAUCUCCAACAUGGCGGUGGACCAGCCUGGCAGGAGGCUGUAUAACGUGAGAGAUCCCCUGCUGCAGGAGAACGUGUCUGUGUUGGUACAGACUGACGCCUCGGAAGGAAACAAGGUCAUCACCGUCCGUUCUCCGCUACAGAUCCAGAACCAUUUCUCAGUGCCGUUUACCAUCCUGAAGUAUUGUCCCAAAUCCAGAGGGAUGGUUAACAUAGGACUGGCAGAGCCCGAGAAAGAGUCUGAUGUCGCCCUGGACUCCUACAGGUGUCAGCUCUUCCUCCAGCCAGCCGGGCGCCUAGAGGGCCAGUACGGCCCGUCGUCUACCUGUAUCGCCUGGAAGGAGCAGGUCCACCUGAGCUCUGAGGUGCGGUCCCUCCUCCAGUGUCCGUCGGCAGACAGCAGCUUCCUGCCCCUCCAGGUGACCACCUUGGCCACACCAGAUCACCUGUCCUUCAUUUCCUCCCAGCGAGAGGACGACUGGGACCCUGCCUACGUCAUCCACCUCCACCCAGCUGUGACCCUCCGGAACCUUCUGCCUUACAGCAUCAGAUAUCUACUGGAGGGCUCAGCAGAGUUCCAGGAGCUCCAGGAGGGCAGCACGGCAGACGUCCUGAACGCCCGUAUAGGAGGUGAGAUCAUGGAGAUGGUCCUGGUUAAAUACCAGGGUCGGAACUGGUCCGGACGUAUCCGUAUCGCCCAGGACAUGCAGGAGUUCUUCCCCGUGUGCUUCACCUGCGACUCGGCCCAGGAGCUGAGCGUGGACCUGAGCGUGCACGUGGCGCGGCUGCAUGGGCGUCUGACGCUGGCUGUGUUUAGCCCGUACUGGAUCGUCAAUAAGACGUCCAGGGUUCUGCAGUACCGCGCGGAGGACGUCUCCGUCAAACACGCGUCGGACUUCAGGGACGUCGUCCUCUUCUCCUUCAAGAAAAAGAACAUCUUCAGCAAGAACAAGCUGCAGCUCUGUGUGUCCACCAGUUCCUGGUCUGAUGGCUUCUCAUUGGAUACGGUGGGGAGUUAUGGGUGUGUCAGAUGCCCUGCCAACACCAUGGACUAUCUGGUUGGCGUCAGCAUUCAGAUGAGUAGUUUCAACCUGACCAAGAUGGUGACCAUGAGUCCGUUCUUCACGCUGGUCAACAAGUUUUCCUCACAGCUGGAGGUGGGCACUACAUCUCCUCUACAGUCUUCCUACGAGCAGCAGACAGAGGAGGGCAGUGUCAACGGGAAGUGGCACUACAUCUCCUCUACAGAGUGCCUCCCCCUCUGGCCAGAGUUGAUCACAGGGAAGCUGUGUGUCAGGGUCGUGGGCUCAGACUCCAAGUCCAAGUCCUUCUUCUUCAACAAACAGGACAACGGCACCCUGCUGGGCAUGGAUCAGUAUGGAGGUGUUAUCCACUUCGGACUCCGUCUGCAGUUUGACCGCAACCUUCUGGAAGUGUCAGGAGCACAGCAGUGGUUCCUGGACCUGGCAGUAAGCUGGAAGUGUCAGGAGCACAGCAGUGGAGACCUGGACCUGGUUAAGGAUGAGUGUGGUCAGUUUGCCUACGACGGUCUAUCCCAGGUCCACUGGGUGUCCUUCCUGAAUGGUCGCCAGCGCGUGCUGCUCUUCACCGAGGACGUUGCCGUGGUGACCAAGGCGCGGCAGGCGGAGGAGCUGGAGCAGUUCCAACAGGAAGUGAACGUGUCGCUGCAGAACCUUGGCCUGUCACUCGUCAACAACGACAACCGCCAGGAGAUCGCAUAUGUCGGCAUCACCAGCUCUGGUGUGGUGUGGGAGAUGAGACCUAAGAGCCGAUGGAAGCCUUUCAACCAGAGGAACAUCAGGCUGUUGGAGAAGGCCUACCAGAAACACCUGGCUGGAGGCACACCUGAACCCGGCUGGGUCAAACUGGAGACCAACUUAGAGGUGAACUUUGGGAAGGUUCCCAUGGUGGACACACCAGCUGACUGGAGCUUUAUUCCCCAUUGUGUUCACACUUCUGUUUCCUCCAAAGUACAGCUCUGGACUCAGGUACUUCAUGGUUCUGGUCAGGAGAUGGCUGUGAAGAUUGACCAGGGGUUCCUGGGAGCCAUCUUGGCCCUGUUCACCCAGCUGCCGAGAUCGCAUGUGGACAAACAGAAGGUAACCAGCCUAGACACAGACACGGCCAGGGACAGGGACACGGCGGCUAGGGACACGGCCAGGGACACAGCCAGGGACACGGCCCAGGGACAGGGACACGGCCAGGGACACGGCCAGGGACACGGCCAGGGACACGGGACAGGGACACGGCCAGGGACACAGCCAGGGACACAGGGACAGGGCCAGGGGACAGGGACACGGCCAGGGACACGACCAGGGACAGGGACACGGCCAGGGACACGGACAGGGACAACAAGGACACGGCCAGGGGACACGGACAGGGACAGGGACACGGCUAGGGACACGGCUAGGGACACGAACACGGCCAGGGACACGGCCAGGGACACGGACAGGGCCAGGGACACGGCCAGGGACACGGCGCCAGGGACACGCCAGGGACACGGCCAGGGACAGGGACACGGCCAGGACACGGCCAGGGACACGCCAGGGGACACUGCCAGGGCCAGGGACACGGCCAGGGACACGGCCAGGGACACGGCCAGGACACGGAGCCAUCCAGACUCCUGGUCACCCCUGUUACUAGGGGAGUUUCAUCCAGACCCUGGUCACCUGUUACUAGGGAGCCAUCAGCACCCUGGUCACCCUGUUGCCACUGGGAGCCAUCAGACCCUGGUGCCCCUGUUGCUGGGGACCAUCCAGACCCUGGUCACCCUGUUACUGGGAGCCAUCCAGACCCCUGCCAUCCAGACCCUGGUCACCCUGUUACUAGGAGCCAUCCAGACCCUGGUCACCCUGUUACUAGGAGCCAUCCAGACUCCUGGUCACCCCUGUUGCCUGGGAGCCAUCCAGACCCUGGUCACCCCUGUUACUGGGAGCCAUCCAGACCCUGGUCACCCUGGGUUACUAGGAGCCAUCCAGACCCCUGUGGCCACGCCCCUCAGGGGCCACGACCCCAGGGGCCACUACCCUUCAGGGCCACGACCCCCCCCAGGCCACUAUGCUCAGGGGCCACGACUCCACGGGCCACGUUCUCAGGGACCUCGACCCCCAGGGAGCCGACUGAAAUUCCCCAGGGGCCACUAUGCUCAGGGAGCCCACGACCCAGGGGCCACUAUUCUCAGGGGCCUCCCGACCCCCAGGGGCCACGACUUCCUGAAACAGAUGUAUGUGUUGGUGCUGGGCCUGGAUGUCCUGGGGAACCCGUUCGGCCUGAUCAGAGGCCUGUCUGAAGGAGAGGCCUUCUUCUACGAGCCCUUCCAGACCCUUAGAGACUUUGGAGAGUCUGGCCAAGGAGGCAUGGAUUCUUUAAGGGACCACUGGGGUCGGGGCGGGGUAACAGGCAUCGUCACCAAACCUGUGGAAGGGGCCAAGAAGGAGGGAGCGGCGGGGUUCUUCAAGGGCAUAGGGAAGGGUCUGGUGGGGGUGGUGGCCAGGCCGACAGGGGGCAUCGUAGACAUGGCCUCCAGCACCUUCCAAGGCAUACAGAGGGUGGCAGAGUCGACAGAGGAAGUGACCAAGCUGAGGCCGGUCAGACUGAUCCGAGAGGAUGGAAUCAUCAGACCUUACGACCAGGAGGACGCCAAGGGAUACGACCUUUUCCAGAGGUCAGAGAUCAAGCAGCUGGAAGGAGAGAUCUUCAGAGAACACUGUUUGUACCCUGGACACAGGAAGACCAACGUCAUAGUGACCAACAGGAGAGUGAUGUGUGUGAAGGAGGUGGAGUUUGUGGGACACUUCAACAAGGAGUGGGAGUGUCUGUUUGAGCAUUUCUCAAGGCCUCCGUACGUGGAAGGAGGAGACCUGAUGAUCUACUGCAAGGAACAGAACAAGCUGAAGUUUCAAAAGAGAGAUGGACAGGAACCCAUGAGAGUGCUGCACCUCAAGAACCCUGCCACUGCCCAGAAACUGUGUGAGGCCAUAGAGCAGGCCCAGUCGGCCCAGAGGCAGCAUCGGAUGGUGAAGCAAAAAUCACAGCGCUUUCUCAAACUGGGAGACAGGUGUUGAUGUCAUCGCCGGCCCGGCAUGAUGUCAUGGUUACCCAGAAUGAUGUCAUGGUUACCCAGCCUGAUGUGAUCACUACUCAGUAGGUGAUCACCACCCAGAAUGUGCCACCCAGCCCAACACACUGCUACUGUACUGCCCAGCCCAACACACUGCUACUGUACUGCCCAGCCCAACACACUGCUACAGUACUGCCCAACACACUGCUACAGUACUGCCCAACACACUGCUACUGCCCAGCCCAACACACUGCUACUGUACUGCCCAGCCCAACACACUGCUACUGUACUGCCCAUCCCAACACACUGCUACUGCCCAGCCCAACACACUGCUACUGCCCAGCCCAACACACUGCUACUGUACUGCCCAGCCCAACACACUGCUACUGCCCAGCCCAACACACUGCUACUGUACUGCCCAGCCCAACACACUGCUACUGUACUGCCCAUCCCAACACACUGCUACUGCCCAGCCCAACACACUGCUACUGUACUGCCCAGCCCAACACACUGCUACUGCCCAGCCCAACACACUGCUACUGCCGAACACACAUUUGCACUAAAGAAAAGCCAUGCAUUAGUGUUUACAGUCCUGUUUACUAAUGAGUCACUGCUGCCUUAUGGAGAAGAAAUCAAGUCUGAUAAUUUGACUGUUAUUAAAUCAUUUUGAUAAUAUCUGAAUCGAUGAUAGGAAUGUUGUUGCUUUUCGUUGACACAGAUCCCUCCAGAAUCAAUGAUAGGAAUGUUGUUGUUUAUCGUUGACACAGGUCCUUCCAGAAUCAAUGAUUUGUAAUUGAAAAAGGGGUACGAUAAAAAACUAUAUAUAUAUAAAUUAGACGAAGGAGCUAUAAAAAAUGUGUUUGUUUGUUUUGUCUUUGUUUUUUCUUUAAUGUUUACAGAUGUCUGAUUUUAAGGGUGUCAAUGAUUCGUUUGAUCUAACUGCUGUACAAACAGAGGGGAUUUUUACAUGGACGAUGGUAUUGACAAGUCAGUUAUUCAUCGUUUCUACAGGUUUAUCGUUGUUUUUGGAGGUGAAAUAUGCACUUAACUCUUUCGAAUGGUCCCUUUUGAUGAACAAUCAUUUUCCUGACGUAAUAUCAGUCUAUCUUGAAAUGGGAGUUAAUUUUGUAAUACCUGUUAGUUCAUGUAAAGUGACGUACUGUAUACAUCUACAGUAUAGACUACGUAGACCAGUGAAGAGUUCAAUGACCAGUGUACUGAAAACUAUGCAACGUUACAUUUCAUAUAUGUUGCUGUUAUCUUAUACAAAUAACUACGUUAUGAGCAUAUUCUGCCCUAAUCUAUCCUGCUGACCUUGGUGUAUCAAAUAAAUCAUUGAAAACAAACAAUUAAAUCUUUUAAAUAUA